AUGUCGCCGGGCUGCACUGCAGCCACGUUGCGUGACGUACACGCAGGGGUGCCGAGCGGCUACCGCGGACACUCAGCCUUAAUUGACGGCCCAUCGAGGAGAGGGGCACUCCCCCCGCACCUGCGCUGCCGCCGCCUCAAGGGGCAGUUCAGUAAGGGCAGCGUGCAGUCAGGAGCUACAGGGAGCGGUCCCGACAGCGACCUGGAGAGAUUUACGGGAAGACCGGGACGACUAAGACGGUUUGCCCGAAGCCUUUCUGCGCAGGUCCGGGAAGUGAUGGCUGCGAGGCCGAGACCGGGGGACUUUGUCCUUGAUGAGGCAGAGUGCGAUUCCUCCGUGUCUGAACUGUUCAGCCGUACGGGAUCGGACCCAGAGUCCAGUCCACGUCAGGAUGCAUCAUCGUCCGGUGACGAGGAAGAUUUGAAAAGCCCGGGCAAAGCUGAGAAAUUGUCCAGGGAAGAUGAAGCUAAGCGAAAAGUUGGGCGUUCUGAGCUCUUCUCACCCAAAAAGAGUCCUGAUCCCUGUGGUGAGGAUGGGAGUACUGAUAUAGAUGAGCGAACCAUAGUGAAGGCGAAGAGGCCGUGGAGUGAAGUAGAGAGGAGUGCGGUAAAGAAACACUUGGCAUAGUUUAUUAAAGAGCGCCAAGUUCCUGGAAAAGAACCCUGCAUGCAAUGUGUAAAAGAAGAGAAAGCCUUGGAUAAAAGAUCCUGGAAAGAUGUUAAGAACUUUGUGUGCAAGACAAUUGUCUCUUUGAGCCACAGGUCUGCUUCAAAGCAGCUUUACCACUGAAGAUCUUCAAUGUACCGCUGUGUUCUAGUUAAUAUUGUCUGGUUCAGCCAAUAGUUGCUACGUUUUAAUCCUGUUUACCGCCGUUUGGUUUGUGCAGUACUGUUUCGGUAGUGUUUCAGAACAUAACAGUAAGACUUAUUUAAUGCUGCAACUAACAUUUAUUUUCAGCAUCCAUUUAUCAGAUAAAUAUUUUCUCCGUUAAUUUGUUAUAUAAAAUGUCGGAAUGUCAUUUAUUUUGUCCAACUGACAAAGCAGCAAAUACUCAGUUGAGAAGUUUGAACAAAAUUAAAUAAAGAUAAUUCUGGUCACAUGCAGUGA